AUGAAGAAUCAACAUAAAUUGAAAGAGUUAUGGGUGUUCGGCACAGUGGAGUUGCCGGACAAGCCGAUCAUGCUGCCUCCUUUCGUGGAGGCGACGCACUGCCUCGGCUACCACUUGACGCGCAAGGGUCGUGCGGUAGCUGACCGCGUGGUCUCCGUGCUGGGCUACGCCUGCCCCGACAUCACUUACAGCCCCAGCCUGUAUCCCAUCACCGCGGCGCUACUGCAUUUUAUGCCAGAGGAGGAAUGCUAUCACUGCAUGGCGAGUCUAGUGGCGUCGAAGGAAAAGAUGUUCAUCACACAGACAAAGCUACACAAUGAGGUCACCUGGAAAACUGUCAUGCAGAUUGCCAAGAAACAUGCCAAGUCGGCCGCCCAGCACCUCUCGCGACUGUCCGCCGCGAUCGGCCCCGAGCGCAUCUACGCCGACUGGCAGUGGUGGAUUUUGGCUGCUUUGCCCUUCCCUCAUCUCGUACGAGUGCUGGAUUGUUUCUUCAACGAGGGGAUCAAGGUAUUCUACAGAAUAGCGUUGGCUAUCCUUAUUCUGUUUCAUAAACACUCCACCAACACGAACUCCGAGUGGUACGCCGAAGCCACCAAGAAUGGCGUCGACCACGCUAUUGACAAAUUCUGCAGGAAUAUGCCAUCAUCGCCGACGAAACUGCUCAGGACCGCUUUCAGCAUAAGGGCUUUAAGUUCACAGUACAUAUCACGGGUCUUCAUAAAGACGGAGAUGACUCUCAAGUCGAAGCAAGUGAUAACCGGGUCGCGGCUGGUUCGCUCGCGUUCCUCCGACAACCUGCCCACCAGCCAGUCGCAAGUCAACAUCCAGAUGAUGUCGCACACGCUCACCAUCCGUGAGAGAAUGUCUGAGGAAACGUGCAAACAAAUGCUGUUCACGUUGUGGUCGUGGCUGCCAGUACGUAUCACGAUGUACCAACCGGUGCUCUUGUACACAACAGAGGAGCACGGUUGUUCACUUACCACGUUUUACGUGCGAGUGGAGCAUCAUGAGCCUACGUUGCUUAUGAUAAAAACGUGCAACAACGAGGUGUUCGGUGCGUACUGCUCGACGCGGUGGUUCGAGCGCAACCAGAAGGACGAACGUGGUAACAGGCAGGCGUACUUCGGCACCGGAGAGACAUUCCUCUUCAGCCUUUACCCGGAGCGCGCGAAGUAUCCGUGGGUGGGGUGCUCGGCGGGCGCGGGCGGGGGUGCGGGCGCGGGUGGCGGGGAGGCCCGCGUCGAGGAGCAGCGCGUGGCCCACGGUUCCGAGCUGUUCAUGGCCGCCGACUCCAAGAUGAUCACCAUCGGCGGCGGUGAGGGUCAAGCGAUAUGGAUGGACGAAAACAUUAGGUUCGGCAAGACUGACCGCUGCUCUACCUUCAACAACCCGCCGUUGUGUCCAAGUGGCGACUUCGAGAUAAGAGUGCUCGAAGUGUACGGCUUCUCGGGAGCGUAG